AUGCCUCCCAAGACACCUUCAUCUCCGCCCUCUGCGCCCCUCACCACUGCUUUUGCUCCCUACUAUCCCAAGUGCGAGGCGGAUGCACUCGAGCGGCCGCCUCUGCCGGAACGGCCACUGUGUAUCCUCGACGAGGAGUUAUGCAGAAAACCUCUUCUUGUAUUUGAUGAGCAGCUGCACGAGGCCAAUUUUAACCCACGUCCAGACGGCAGUGGCAGUCCCACAGACCAACCUGAUGGCUUCAGCGACCCAUAUCUGAUGCCCUCCCUGGCGAGGAACGAGCGCCUGAGGCUGACCAUGUUCUGGUACUACACCCGCGGCCUCUAUGAAGAUGGAGAAUUCCUGCAGCUGCUGCAAGAGAAGCUGGACCUUGUGCAGACCUUCAUGGGGUGGGAAUUCGCGCUAUUGGGCCUGGUCAGUGAAGAUACCUUCACGCGUCUGGCUGCCUCCGGGUUGCCCUUGGCGGUACUUCCUCGUCGUGAGAGCACCUGCUCCCACACAAUCAACCAGGAACCUAAUACAGUCUUCAUGUUACCUAACAUGGCCAACGACUGGCGCUUCAGAGGUUCACCACCCGUGGCCCAGGGCGGCCUCCGAAGUUACGCCGGAGUACAGCUGCGGUGUCAGACCCCGACGGGUGAAUACGUUGCCCUUGGAUCUCUUUGUGUUGCCUCGAACUCAGAGCACGCACCCCUUACUCCCACUCAGGAAGGCGCUCUCAUCCGCUUCGCAGACAUGCUCGUCGCCGAAAUUGUCAGCCACUCGCGACAAGAGCGCCGGCGGCAGCGCAACAUCCUCGCCCGUCGCCUUGCAGAAUGCCGUCUUGAUGACCUCGAAGACGCCGAGACACACAUAUUGGACCUCAUCCGCCAAGUGUAUCCCUCCGCUUUUGUGGAGGUUUAUGAGGCUUCUGACGACACAAUCCCGCUGCCGAACCACCAUCCCAUCAAUGCCGGCAGCGUCCAGGACGGGUUGUGGGAAGAUACCGAGUACAUCGAUGAACUCAUCAGGACGGCCAAUUUCACCAAGAUCAGCACAUCGAGGACCGUCCGAGCUAUCAUCCAUCCUUGCCAGAGUCAUCCUCAUCAGAAAUUCCUCAUCGUUGCCUCGAGUCACGUCCAGACCGUCUUCGACAACGUCGAUUCUUGGUUCGUGGAAAAGUGCGCUACAUCCCUAGCCAACAUUGCCCAGGAAGGCAGCCUGAGGGAGGCCACCAGGGCAAAAGACAUGUUCCUCAGAGGAAUCACACAUCAGCUGCGGACACCUAUUCACGGUGUGCUAGCAUCUUGCGAGUUGCUUACCGAAGAGCUAGCUGCCCGCAACUCGCCUGCCGGCGGGCCAGACGCAUCAGCAACAAGCCCCUCGUCCAUCAUCGACACCAUCAGAGACUCGGCAAAGGAGCUGAUGACAACAGUAAAUAAUAUUCUGAAGCUCAACCGUUGGGAAGAGACUGUCGCGUCCAGGCAACAGUUUGGGCUUCAGUCUCUCGCUCAUUUGGAAGACGACAUCAUGCGCGAAAUGAAACAGGUCGUUUCACAGCACGACCUUUCCAGGAUACCAAUCCUGUUCGAAAAUCGCCUCGCCAACGAUGGGUACAUCACGAUCGUGGAUCCGUCUUUGCUGAAGGAAUGUAUUCAGUCUUUGAUUUUGAAUGCCUUGUCUAAUGACAAUGAUGGCGCUGUCAUCAUUGUGAUUGCGGCACCACCCGACAACUCGCGCCUGACAUUCGAUAUCUUGGAUGCCGGCUGCGGUAUCGCACCAGCUGAUCAAGGCCGCAUCUUCGAAGCGUUCGAGAAGAUCAACCCUCACAGCCCUGCCUCGAUGGAUGGAAAUGUCUCCCUAGUUGCGUCGUCGCAGGACCCGGGCAACCACGGCUCUCACUUUCGCGCCGAGUUUUACAAACCCGUUUUCACGCAUAGAAGCCUCAACCAUUCACCAUUAUCAGCAUCACUCCACCACAUACCGCGCGAGUUUUACAUCGCUCACGCUCCUGGCCAACGUCUUGAGUUGGUCUCACACUUCGCAAGCUUCCUGGAAUACCAAGGGUUCAAACGAGCCAGCGCCCCCAAUAGUUCCUUCGUUAUCAUCGCGUACACACCAGACACGGGCGAAUUCCAGAAGCUCGUCGAUUCUCUCGAGCCGGGGCAACGCUCAAUCUGCUUGGCACCCGUUGGAACACGGAUAAUGAGACUGUUCGGAGACAAAGUUGACUUUUUUUCUGGGCCAUUCGUGUCAGCACGCCUCCAGGACAUACUCACAGGGACCGAUAGAGCAUACCAGAGACAGAAUCUCAAAGAUUCGAUGGUACUGCCAGAAGCCCGCCCAGGGCUUGAAAUCGACCUCCGCCAGAUCGCCGAGCUCGAGAUUGUGACGCCGCCCACGCCUCCGCCCGAGGCCGACCCGAUCGCAUUGCUAGUUGACGACAACUUCGUGAACCUACGCAUCCUCAAGAUGUAUUGCGAGAAGCGCAACAUCACAUACAGUACGGCAAUCAACGGCCAGGAGGCGGUCGAACGGUUCGAAAAGUCGCUGGAGGAGGGCCGGCCCAUCAACCUCGUCCUCAUGGACCUACAGAUGCCCGUCUGCGACGGCAUAGAAGCGACGCGGCAGAUCCGCGAGGUGGAGGGGAAGAACGGGCCGGCGCUCCCGCCCAGUCGCAUCUUGAUGAUCACGGGCCAGGACUCUGCCCAAGACAAGGCCCGAUCUUUUGCAGCUGGCGUAGACGCCUUUUACGUUAAGCCGAUGGGUGUGAAGGCCCUUGACCAAGGUAUUGGGGAGCACUUCCCAGGAUUUGCGAUAAAGAUCGCGCCUCUAAAGCCGGAUAUUGGAAAAUGA